UCCACCGAAACCAACAGUCCUGAUCAACCCUGCUGCCGGUGCUGCUUCAGCUUCAUCUUCACUCUUGGCCUCACAGCCCUCUUCAUGUGGCUCAGCCUUCGCACCUCAAAACCCACCUGCAAAGUCCGCUCAUUAUACAUUCCUGCCCUCAACAAGACCCUAAACGACACCACAAACAAGACCCUUUACGUCACCCUCAGGCUGGAGAACGGCAACAAGGACAAGGGAAUUUACUACGAUGCCAUCAACCUCAAUUUCACUCUGCCCAGCUUCUACCAGGGGCAUCAGAAGAAGGCCACAAAGUCUGCGGUUGGGGAGCCCAAGGAGCUCAACUGGACAGCUGUCUCCCAUGCAACCUACUCUAAUGGGACUGUGCAUUUCAGGGUGGAUUUGGUCACCGCUGUGAGCUUCAAGAUCAUGUUCUGGAGGACCGGGCCGGAGCUAAGAAUGAAGUCCUCAGCUACCUCAGCUACCACUGUACCUCAGCUACCACUGUACCUUUCAUAAUUUGAUGGUGGAGGAGGCAGACGGAAUCGGAAGCUCGGCCAAAGCGGAGGACGAGGACUUUGUCGAUGGUAGAUCUGAUGAGAGAAUCCACCUCUUGCUUCUCAGUGCUCAACAAAAGCAAUUAUCAGCAGCAAUGAUGAAAGCAAAAGAAAAAUAAAAUAAAAUAAAAAGAUGCUUCAGCACUACAAAACCCACCGACCCACCAAAAGAAAGAAAAAUAAAC